UUUCUGUUUAUUUUUGCACGUCUCAGCUAUCAUCAGAUGUCGCUUUGGAUAUCACAGCGUCCACAACUUUCCUCCUGAUCCGCGCCGCUCGCUGCGACGCCGAAUUUAUGUCGAGAUCAAUUCUCCAAAAAAUCUCACAUCCAUCUCCAACACUUUGUGGAGACGAUGCUGGCGAUGCUGGCGCUUCUGAUCCUGAAGUCGGGGACCGUAAGAGCCGGGCGGUAUGUGACUUUUGAAAACAUAAAUCCGUGCGCUUCAAAUGGAUCGUCGGUGGCGUUCGGCUGCUCAUACGACUACACAGCUGAAGAAACUGUUCAAAGGACCGCGUGGUACAAAGGGGAAUUAAGAAAUGGCCUCUGGACACGCGUCGCUCUCUCAGACCUUCCUUCGUAUCGAAAUCGUUCCGAAUACCUCGGUGACCUGCGGCACGACUGCGGCCUGGCAAUUCACGACCUGCAGGUCAACGACACGGGACAUUACUACUUCAGGUUCGACACGGAGACGUAUGGAAGGCGGAGUAAAGGAUCGGUGUAUCUGACUGUCACAGUUUCUUUAACAGAGCUGAGUGCCAGCGUUUCCUCUGCCAGUGUGAGAGCCGGAGACCACGUGACUCUCACAUGUAUGACACCCUGCCAACUUCCCAGCACAGUUUGGUUUAAAGAUGGACUUCCUGUCGCCAAAUCAGAGUUCCAGGCAAGAGCGGAGGAUGCUGGGAAUUAUUUGUGCGCUGUCAAAGGACAGGAGUCAGUUCUAUCUGAUCCUGUGGCUCUGGAUGUUCAGUAUCCCCCGGUGAACGUGUCCGUUGAGAUGAGUUAUUCGGGCCUCCUGACGAUGGGCAGCGGUGUGAAUCUGACCUGCAGCAGCGCCGCUAACCCCGCAGCAGACAGGUACACCUGGUACAGGAGCACCGGUUCCAGUCUCAGCUCCCUGCUGCAGGUGGGAUCAGGACCGGUGCUGUCUCUCCCCUCUGUGGAGGCGUCCCACACCGGCCUCUACCUCUGCCAGGCCAGCAACCCACUGGGGGGAAACCACUCCACUGGGGCGCCGCUGCUCCCAGUGGACGAAACAGACAGAAACCGUGUCAUCCUCUCGGUCGGUAUCGGAGUCAAAGUCCUUAUUGUCCUGUUGCUGCCACUUGUUAUUGUUUGGAGGCUGAGACGUAAUCCCGCCGUGCAUGAAGAGGAGAGCUGCCGUGAUUAUGAAAACGUCGGCACGGCCUAAACGGGCCUGAAGAACGACUCCAUGUAUGAACACUCCUCAUUCCUUCUUAAGACACUGGAGACAACGCCAAGAAAACUAUGUUUUUUAUUAAUUGAAUACUGUGAAUAAUAUUCCAUCGUGAAGGUGUUGUUGCUGUAAAUGUUUUCAGUCAGACUGUAUCAGGAAUUAUUGUGAUGAAAUCCUAAUUGAGAAGAGAUCUCAGGUGACAAAACAGCUUUAAAAUGAUAUGAAUAUCGUAUUUAUGAUGAAAUCAGUGGCAUUACAAUAUGUAGAGGUUCUCCUAAAAAUAAAUGUAAAAAAUGUGUCCAGUAAAUGCACCUUCCAAUUGAUGUGUACAUUAUGUGAAACUGUCUCUUUAAAUAUUUGAACAUUUUAGCACUUUCUUCUUUACUUUACGUGUGCACCACUUUACUCAUAGCUCACUUUAAUAUGACAUAAACAUUUUUAAAAAUA